AUGCAAGUUUUAUAUCUUCCCGAAAAUAGGUUCACUGGUGAAAUACCCAAAGAGAUAAGAAAUCUCGUUGACUUGGAGGUACUUAAUCUUGAGUUUAAUAGUUUUAGUGGUUCACUUCCACUGGAGAUCUUCAACAUAUCACGACUGACAAUAAUUGAUCUUUCAGCCAAUAAUCUAUCAGGAACCCUCCCACUAAACAUAAGUUCUACCUUACCCAACAUUGAAGAGCUAUAUACUCUUUCAUUCAAUAAUCUAUCAGGAACUCUACCAUCAAAAAUAGGUUCAACCUUACCUAACAUUGAACAGCUUUAUCUGAAUAGCUUAACCAAUCUUUUUGGGACUAUUCCUCAUUCUAUCUCCAAUUGUUCAAAGCUUACUGAUCUAGAUCUUUCACGAAACAAACUCACAGGCUUAAUACCCAAUUCUCUUGGAUAUUUGACUCAUCUACACUUCCUAAACUUGGGGAUAAACAAUUUAAGCAGUGAUUCAAUUUUAAGCUUCCUGACUUCCUUAACCAAUUGCAGAAAUUUAAGAUUUCUUUCUCUAUCUUUCAACCCUCUAAAUGGCAUGUUUCCGGUCUCCGUAGGGAACUUCUCCAUAUCUCUUAUACAAUUUUAUGCCAUUACUUGUAAGAUUAACGGCCAGAUUCCAAAUGAAGUUGGAAACUUAACCAAUUUAAUAGACCUUGAUCUUUCUAAUAAUAACUUGAUUGGAUCAAUUCCUACAUCAAUUCAGAACUUGAGAAACCUUCAACGCUUGUACUUGAACAUCAACAAACUUACAGGAUUUAUUGGAGAUAAUCUUUGUAAAUUGCAACAUGUGGGUGUUAUUUCCUUGGGUCAAAAUCAACUUUCAGCUGCACUUCCUAAUUGUUUAGGGAACGUUACUUCCCUUAGAGAGAUAUAUAUGGAUUCCAAUAAAUUGAGUUCCAAUUUACCAACAAGCUUAGGAAAUCUUAAAGAUCUAAUGGUUCUUGACUUAUCAUCAAACAAUAUGGUUGGCUCUUUACCUCCAGAAAUUGGAAAUCAAAAGGCUGCGAACCAGAUAGACCUAUCGAUGAAUCAAUUCUCAAAUGGAAUUCCUAGAGAAAUUGGAGGAUUACAAAAUCUGGUGCACCUUUCUUUGAGACACAACAAGUUACAAGGAUCUAUACCCGACUCAAUGAGCAACAUGGUAGGUUUGGAAUUUCUAGACAUUUCUCAUAAUAAUAUAUCGGGAACUAUUCCCAUGUCUUUGCAGAAACUUCAAUAUCUCAAGUAUUUUAAUGUUUCUGACAAUAAGUUGCAUGGUGAAAUACCCUCGGGGGUCCUUUCAAGAACCUCUCGAGUCAAUUUUUCAUCAACAACGAAGCAUUGUGUGGUUUGUCAAGGAAUAGCAAUUGUAUUGGUUCCUAUCGCCUUUGUGUUCCUGUGGAUAAGGUAUAGAAGAGGUAAAAGAGCUCCUCAACAAGCUGAUUCAUUGUCUAUGGCAACAACAGAAAGAAUUUCAUACUAUGAACUGCUCCAAGCAACUGAUUCUCUUAGCGAGAGUAAUCUGAUUGGUUCUGGAAGUUUUGGCUCUGUCUACAAAGGCAUUCUCAGAAGUGGAACUCAUAUUGCAAGUGGGACUGCCAUUGCAGUUAAAGUGUUCAAUCUGCAACUGGAAGCGGCAUUCAAGAGUUUUGAUAUAGAAUGUGAAGUUUUGCGCAGCCUUUGCCAUAGGAAUCUUGUGAAAGUCAUCACUAGUUGUUCCAACCUUGAUUUUAAGGCUUUAGUGCUCGAGUAUAUGCCUAAUGGAAGUCUUGACAAAUAUUUGUAUUCGCACAACUACUUCCUAGACAUCAGGCAGAGACUAAGCAUUAUGAUAGAUGUGGCAUGUGCAUUGGAAUAUCUCCAUCAUGGGUGCUCGUUACCUGUGAUUCAUUGUGAUCUGAAGCCUAGUAACGUCUUGCUGGAUGAGGAUAUGGUUGCCCACCUAAGCGACUUUGGUAUUUCAAAACUGCUUGGUGAAGAUGAGAGUGAUUUAUAUACUAAAACCUUAGCAACAUUGGGUUAUAUUGCACCAGAGUACGGACUGGAUGGAUUGGUGUCUAUAAAAUGUGAUGUCUAUAGUUACGGGAUCAUGUUGUUGGAGAUGUUUACUAGGAGAAAGCCUAAUGAGUUUGAGGGAGAUCUUAGCUUGAAGCAAUGGGUUAGUUAUUCAUUCCCAGAGGCAGUAAUGGAUGUUGUAGAUGCCAACUUGGUAACAUCAAUGGAUAAUCGCUUACAGAAGGAGCUAGAUGUUGUGUCUUCAAUCAUGAAAGUGGCAUUAGAUUGUUGUGCUGAAUCUCCGGCAAGAAGGACAAACAUGAAAGAUGUUGUAGGGAUGCUACAAAAGAUCAAGAUUCAACUUCUUGCAUGCUGA